UUUUAUACUAUCUUCGAGAAUUUUUCAAUGGCUACCGACGCCUCGCCGAAAUUCAAAAAAUCCGAGCUGAUACUGGUCCCUCAGCCGCCGGACUAUCACCCGGAAGUUACCGUUUCGCCGGCACACGAUGGCCUCGACUUUUGGCAGUUCAUGAUCGCCGGCUCAAUCGCCGGUAUGGUGGAGCACAUGGCCAUGUUCCCCGUUGAUACAAUCAAAACCCAGAUGCAAGCCAUUGCCUCUUGCCCUGUUAAAUCCGCGAACGUUAAACAGGCUGUACUAUCUAUCUUGAAAUCGGAAGGUCCAAUAGGGUUCUAUCGUGGCAUCGGUGCUAUGGGUCUGGGCGCCGGGCCAGCCCAUGCCGUUUAUUUUUCAGUUUAUGAAUUUUGUAAGAAGAGUUUUUCGCGUGGAAAUCCAAAAAGUCAUGUAGCCCACGCUGUGUCAGGGGUUUUUGCAACUAUUGCUAGUGAUGCGGUAUUUACUCCUAUGGAUAUGGUUAAGCAGAGGCUGCAAUUGAAUAGUAGUCCGUAUACGGGGGUGUGGGACUGCGUAAAGAGGGUACUGCGGGAGGAGGGAUUUAGAGCCUUCUAUGCUUCCUAUAGGACCACCGUGCUAAUGAAUGCACCUUUCACUGCAGUUCAUUUUGCAACCUAUGAGGCAGCUAAAAGGGGUUUAAUGGAGGUGUCAGCAGAAAGUGUGAGCGAUGAGAGGUUGGUGGUUCAUGCCACAGCUGGAGCUGUAGCGGGAGCAAUGGCUGCUGCAGUUACGACCCCACUUGAUGUUGUGAAGACUCAGUUACAGUGUCAGGUAUUAAAAUAUAUAUAUUGGAAAUUAGUGUAUAAAUCAUGGUUGUUCAGAGUACGUGAGGUGUGCAUUAUGCUUUGAUUAAUUUAUCUUUAGAAAAUGAAUUGCUGUUUAUUUGUAAUGUAUAAUACCAUUGCAGAGCUGCUUUUCAGUACUACUUUUUUCAGGACUCUACAAUUUGUGGAGUACUGGACGCUGUCAAGUGUAAACAUAAUUAGACUGUUAAAAUGUGUCUUAGUUGGGCUGA